AUGAAGGGACUCCUCACUGUAGCGGCCGUCUCGCUGGCGGUCAGCGAGGCCUCAGCCCACUAUAUCUUUCAGCAGCUCACGACGGGCGGCGUCAAGCACGAUGUGUUCCAGUACAUCCGCAAGAACAGCAACUACAACUCGCCCGUGACAGACCUGUCCUCCCACGACCUCCGGUGCAAUGUCGGUGCCACCGGAGCCGGCACCGACACCGUGACGGUCAAGGCAGGCGACUCCUUCACCUUUACGCUCGACACGCCCGUCUAUCACCAGGGUCCGGUCUCCCUCUACAUGUCCAAGGCUCCUGGCAAGGCAUCGGACUACGACGGUAGCGGCCCUUGGUUUAAGAUUAAAGACUGGGCCCCCGAUUUCAGCAGCGGCAGCGCAACAUGGAACAUGGCGGGUUCCUACACCUACAACAUCCCAACCUGCAUCCCCAACGGCGACUAUCUGCUCCGCAUUCAGUCCCUCGGCAUCCACAACCCCUGGCCGGCAGGUAUCCCGCAGUUCUACAUCUCCUGCGCCCAAAUCACCGUCACGGGAGGCGGGAACGGCAACCCCGGCCCGACCGCACUCAUCCCGGGCGCUUUCAAAGAGACCGAUCCGGGCUAUACGGCCAACGCAAGUCCUUUUCUCAUUUCUCCUGUUCCUUCAUCCUCCACCUUUGACCCCUCACUCCCCCUUCCCCUGGCAUCGCAUCUUAGGAUCUACUCCAACUUCCACAACUACACCGUCCCCGGCCCGGCCGUCUUCUCCUGCAACGGCGGCGGCGCGAACCCCAGCCCCGACCCGUCUCCCUCCCAGAACCCAACACCCACCACGCUGGUGACAUCGACCACGACAAGAGCAGCGCCCACCACAUCAUCUUCUUCGGCCCCGCCCUCCUCGUGCACCGUCGCCAAGUGGGGCCAGUGCGGUGGCCAGGGCUACAGUGGCUGCACCGCCUGCGCUGCGGGUUCCACGUGCAGCAAGCAGAAUGAUUAUUUCUCACAGUGUCUUUGA